CGUCUUCAUUCUGUCUAGUGCCGUCGAGUAGGACGGACGUGGAAGGUCUUAGCUGUGAGCCCUAGCAGCGUUGUUCAUUAGUGGUGUUUGGAGAAAACCUCAAGCGGAAGAGUAUUCCAGCGAAAGCAGUCUCGAAGAGGAGAAAUAAUAAAGCAGCAACCGACGAGGAAGAGCAAGACAAAGAAGGAGUUUGUGAUCUGAGGAAAUUAAAAGCAACUCUUGAAAAUUUCUUCCAAUCUCUUGUGGCACUCGGUAGUGUGACUCUCCUGCUUGGAUGGUGGUUUAGUGUGUGUGUUAGGGAAACGGUGGACACACAUCGGAGGGUGAAAGAAAGUACGUUUAAGCCCCCCCCCCCAUCCCACCGCACCUUACCCCGGAGCACGGAGCUCGAGUGGCGCAUUUUGAAGAUCAGUUAGUGGAGAGUGAGAGAUGAAACUGUUGCUGCACAGGUUUUGUUUUUAAGGAAAAUAAAAUAUUGGUUAAUGUGUGUCAGUUGGUUGAUAACUAUUAAAACCGAGUUUAGCGUCUUUCUCUUGGCUGCUUUCCUUGAGAAGCUGAUGAAUUUCAGAUAAGUUUUCGAAAAUUAAAUCAAGAGAAACGAAGAGGAAGGUGAAAUCGAACAAGCCGAUAAUGACUCCAAAGUGCCAAUCGGGAAGGGUCUGGAUUUAACGAAUUGACACUAAGCUUCGAACAAAUUAACGUGAUUUCACCGAAAAAUUUGAUAUUUAAAUAUCUGGAAAAGACUGUCUCGUAAGGCUGACGGCAUCCCGGUCCAAAGUAAAAGCGAAAAUAAAUAAUAAUAAAAAAAAACAGGAAGUGCUAAGUAGUGAUGACAAACUCGUGCAAGUGGGAAAAGCAGUGAAAGCCUAUCCUCCUAUCAAUCGUGCAGAAGAAAUCGAAAACGCUACUGAAGAAAACAAGUUGACCGAGAAAACAAGAACAGGUUCGUCGCUUGCUGGAUGACAAAUUGAAGUCUCUCUCUCCCGUUUCGCUCGGGUGGAUCUUUACAAACAUUUCUGCAGACACUGAGCCGUACAGGGCAGUUGGUCAAGCGUAAGGACUGGAGAUUUCCCCUUUUCGGGCGAAAAGAAACGUCUAACGUCAGCAAACGACAAGUUCAGACUCGACGGCGGAUUAGAGCGAGGAGAUUUUUGCGCGCCGAAGAAACCUUGAAAAGGUGCAAGUUGUUCUUCGCGACGAACAACUAACCUCAAAGGGUCAGCGACAUCUCAAGAUGGGGAAACGAAAUCGGCUACUGCCGAUAGGUGUCACCUUUUUGCUGGUACUAUACGCGGGAUCCAUGGUCAAUGCGUUUAACUUCGAUGAUGAUUUAGAGGAUUUAAUGGCCGAGGAGUCCAUCAUGGACGAAGAAGUCUAUGGAGGUCCUGUUUUACCGUCGAAUGUAUUCAAUGGGGGUAAACCGUUUUAUGUCGAGCGUGAUCCUUCGACCGGUGCAAUUGAUUUCAAUCAUAAGAAAACCUUGAAUCAAAUUGAUCUUGAUGACAAAGGAUCCUACGAUAACAAGGACAGUCACGUCAGUGAUACAAAAGACGUGAUCGUUAGUCAAUCUUCACCAAAUUUUCACGAUUUCUUGAACCUACCGGUAAAAUAUUCCUCAGCAAAUUUUGUUUACCCGUUAAUUUCAAGCUCUUAUGCAAAUUUGAAAUACCAGGGUAGUAACAAAGUAUCAAAUCACAAAAAUUCGACAUCGGCACCUUCUACCACGACAGUAGCACCAAAGUUUCAGUUUACCCGACCACAGUACUCAACUACUAGACUCAAUACGACCCGUAGCCAACCGAGUUCGACAAUUUCCCAUGUGACGCUACCAUCGUCGCGCUAUACAUACCCCACUACGUCAGGAAGACCGAUAACUACUACGACUACCACAACGACCACUGAAUUUCCGACGACAACAAUGCCAGCAAAACAACUGUUCACAAGAUACCCUUACAAGAGUACUAUUAAGAACAAGUAUCUGGAAACGACUGAAACACGUAAAAAAUUCUUCUUGCCAUCGACACUAUCUAUGCCAACCACAACAACCACACAAAGACCACUGGCUACCGAACCACAAACAACUCCCGUCCGUUCUUCAACUUACUAUUCACCUUCUGUCCGUCCAUGGACAAACCCAUCUUCAACUCAAUUUAUAACCACUACUCUUGAACCUACAACCCAAUCCCGUCCUGCAAAUCCAAUCCGCUUUGUCGAGGAUCAUCAGCAAUCCUUACCCGAAGAGGACACAACCCAUAAGAUCAAGUACACCAUACCAGCGCUCAAGUACGAGGGUAACCGUCCAGCACCGUUCCGACCACUGCCACCGAGUCAUGUACUAAUGUUGAACCGCAAAAAUGACUCUAGUAAUAAAAUCGAACUUCCAAAAGACUCCGCUGUUUCUGUUAUGUCUCUGUCUGAUAUAUUUAACUCUCUCGGCUUGGAUGAUAAGCAAGUAGCCGCUGUUGAGAAGGAAAAUACAAUUGUUUUCGAAACCACAGUUGCUCAAACAACAGAACAAACUACACCACCAGCCAUUGUGCUGAUUUCGGACCAGCAACAGCAGCCCACUCAGGAGGGGCCGAAGAUUGAACAAUCUAUCGAUCUUACUGAUCAAUAUGUCAAGUAUGACAUUCAACAAUCGAACGGACAUCGUCCACAGAAACCUAACACUGACCAAUACGAUCACUACGAAGUUUAUCAGUCAAAUGGACAUAGACCUCAAAGCCCUCCAAAGGAUACUAACUAUGGAAACCAGUACGUAAAGUACGAAGUAAAACAGCCACAAAUAAAUAUUGUUAAGUAUGGGUCACUCCCAAGCAUGAACAGUGUGGUGAUCAGUCCCAAUCAGCACUCAGCCACGUUUGUUUUAGGAUCACAACAGUCUGUUGGCAGUUCCAAUGAUGGACACUUCAUCGGCUCAGUUUCACAGGAUCCUGCUUCUGCUGCUCUCAAUGGACACCCGUCGGCAUACCAAAUGGGUCAAGUGCUGGAUGAACCCAACGAAUCGUCCAAUGUGCAGGUUAGAUCAUCAGUCAAUGUUCAGGUUAAACCACAGGACAUUAUCAAAACCACCAGCGUACGGUUUCCUAAUGAAAGCGACGAUAAAUACGAAAAUGCACCAAUCAUUAGCGGCACCCAUAAAAGUGAAGUGCUGCCACCAAAUGGACACUCGGCUCCAAUUGGUGUGGGUCCAAAUUCUAUGGUUGUAUUCCCUAAGAACGAACAAAUCGAUAGUACUCUUCACGAAGUAUCCAACAGGAUUGUCUUUGACACGCCGAAUAGUGAAACCUUGAACCAAAAUGAAAUUUCCAACUACCCAUUGGAUCUUCCAGAACAGUUGACUCCUCCAUCAAGCCAAGAAAACGCUCAACUCUCCAAGCGGCCCCGCCCGCCGAUUGCUGCUCAAGGACCACCAUUUAUGUACAAAGAAAUCCAGCGCCGACCAUAUCCAGGAGAUCGUUCUCGUCCGCUUCUACAACUGCCUAACAUCUUACCUCAAUUCCGUCCAAAUGCAAAAAUUUCUCAUGGCCAUAAUCCUUACCAUAAAGAGGCCGGUAAUUUCAGAGUUCCUCCACCGGCUAAAAGUCUCCCUCCCAGUGGACCCCCUCUAAGAAAACCAUUCCCGGAACCUCCAACAUCUCAUUCCCAAUCUUCUACGCUGCCAAUUCGUCGGGCUCCAGUUCCAACCAGAUUCAUGUCCCGAAUCAAUACUGGACGUCCUCAGAACAUUGCUCCUCAAUAUAUGGAAGGUCCAAAUGAAAACCGCCGCUAUUAUCGUUUGCCACCUCCGAUGCUUAAAGAUCGCGUGUUCCACAUAACACCGCCAAAUCUGAAGCCACCUCCACCGCCAGGCCCUUCAUCAGCAUCUCGAUUUGCUGAAAGCUACGCUCCUCUAACUCCAGAAAAGACCGUUCAUAAUCGCAAACCAGAAGAAUCCGAAAACAACGAGUUCCAACGUGAUCCGCCGACUAUUCUGAAGAACACAAUGACUGAAGACAAACCUCAUCGACCCAAGCUGGAACCUGUAGUAACUUUACAAAUGCUUCAAUCAAAGAAGCAAAAUGAACAGUCCAAAUACAAUUUGCCAUCGGGUCAAAAGGUCGACCUGGCUAUUGAGAGCCAACCACCAUCCACACCCGUACAGGCUGUAAGUACCGAUGGCAAUCAUCCAGUCUAUGUAGUGUAUCCUGUCAAGAGCACUCCUAUGAAGAUGGACUCAAUUCAUGCUGGUAGCAGUAUUGACCCCGUUGUGGUAGGUCAUCACGGUGAACAACCACCUUUGUCACCACCUCCAGCAGCUAAGGUUAACACAGGAAGCGAAUAUCAAAAUACACCUUUCUCGAUUGCCUCUCAUUUUGAACAGGAACCAAUUUUGAUGGCAAAGGACAAGAAACACCAUCCAAAACUGCAUUUUCCGUACAACAUUGAAAAACCUGACCCACAUGCUUUGGUCGGAAUGGAUCAUGAAUCAAAGCACCGUGGCCCAGAUCAGGCGAUAGAGAAGAAACAAGAUACUAUCUACAAUAUUGGCGAAGAGCCAAUUAGCAAGGAACAACCAGAGGACUCCGUCAUUUCGAGCAAAUUACAGCGCAUCGCCGAAAGCACACCGAUCGCUAUUGCCUAUACACCAACGGAAUCUUCUCAGAAGUUUAACUACAACAAACAUCAAAAGUCUCCUUACUAUUCACCUUACGGAGAAACCCAAACCGAAGUCUCCUAUCUGAAGAUAGAUGACUUGGAUGAAUUUGGAAAUCCUGCUCAUCGGUACGAACAAAACUUCCAGGCUCCGUUCCAGGCUAGCAUUAGUCUGGAUCCCGUAAAGGUCACCAACCCUUACGAGGGAUGGGCCGUUGUAACGUCGUCACCACAGGCACUAAUCCAAGAACAGAGCAAAAUUGAUCGCUCAGAUGACCAUCACUAUGAUGCGAAUGAUUCAACCACUAAGAAAACGCUUGAAAAUGGUAGCUUUCAACCCGAAUUGCAAGGUGGUUUCCGACCAAUCUAUGCCGAAGAUAUUAAAUUAAGUGAAAUGAUGAACCCUGAUCCUCAGUCUCGAAAUGCCUUCCUAAUUGCGCAUGAAAAUGAAUCCGAGCUACAGAAUAAGCAAAAGCCACCAGCGAUGGACGAAACAGCGAAGGAACCUGAGAAGAAACCUUUGUUUGACAGUUUGGAAGCAUUUUUCGACAAUUUAACGCAGGAUUAUGAUGACAAUACCGAAAUGACUGGACUAGGUGGUGAAAGGGAUAUGGAAGAAAGUACUGCAAAAAAUACUAACGAACUUGAAGGAAGAAGUAACGGUGAUCCAAUUACCGAAACGACAUCAAGCGAAGUGAACACAGAAGAACCAUUAGUAGAAAAAGCAAACGCUAGCGAAGAGAAAGAAGAGAAAGUGAACGAAUGAGUGUAACACUUAAAUGUUUGGAUUCUAACUUUUUGGCAUAAGUUUGUACCGAAACAAACAUCUGCCAAUGAAAACAACUGUCAACAACGUUGUCUGCCAGUUGAUUAAGAGAAAAUGCAUUUUGAGGUUACAGUGAUAAAAAUCUCACAUAGUAAAGCUAGAUUUUACUAAAGAAAACCGCAACAUUCUUGAGUAUCUAAUGUUAAGUGUAAAUCUUUGGGCGCGAUUAAGCUUCCUGUACCCUUCACAUCUCUAGAUUUUUCUGCAGUUUUCAAAAAUCCACAUCAACAAAACGAAUUCAAACACAAGGAAAAGUAUAUGCGUGAAAACAUAAAAGAAGCUAGUCAGCUAAACUUAAUAUUAGAUACUUGAUAAACCAAUUAACUAAUAAACAACAACAAGUAAAAUUCCGAACCAAUCCCCUCUCCUCAGACACUUGUAUAGUUGUUAUAAUUCGCUAAAUUACGUGUAAUUUUAGACUGAUAAUGAUAUAUAGCAAGCUGAAGAAAAAAUGAAGAAAAUAAUCGAAAAUGUAGUAGUAGAGUUAAGAUAGGCUUAGCCAGCAGCAGCAAAUACGAUAAUUCAAAUGUACUUGCAGGCAACCAAUGCCGAAUAGGAUGAAAUGCAAAAAUUUGGAGAAAAUAACUAAAGAGAAACAGCUAAUUCAUCAGUGAUUAUCGCGUUAUAUCAAUGAAGCUGAAACAACAGAGCGAGAGAGGAGUUUUAGGGAUAAAUGAGGUAACACUAAUAAAUUGAAGAAGAAAAACACUUUCACGCUCUCUUCUUUCUAUGCUCGCACGCAAAAAAUAUCGCUGUUCUCGAUGUGUUCGGGAUGCACCGGUUUCAGUGUAUGCACCGUCGACGAAUGCACAGCAAAAUCUAAACAUUUAAAUCAUUGUGACGACAUUAUUUAUACUUCUAGUACUAACAUUGUAACUAGUAGGAUAGAACUGUGAAACUCCUAUUUAUUUAUCUAUUUAUUUAUGAA